AUGGCGGGAGCUCAGGGCGGAUGGGUGCUGACGGCGACAGCGAGGUCGCCGACGAACAUCGCCGUGAUCAAGUAUUGGGGAAAGAGGGACGAAACUCUGAUCCUCCCCGUCAAUGAUAGCAUCAGUGUCACCCUCGAUCCGGAUCACCUCAGUGCCACCACAACUGUCGCUGUUUCUCCGAGUUUCGACCGGGAUCGCAUGUGGCUCAACGGCACUGUAAUCUGACGCAGUCCCCCUUUUUUCUCUAGGAUUUCUGCCACCGGAAUUAACGCUGUCGGAUUUCCGUACUCUCUCGGGGAUUAGCGUCUUUACUUUGACCAUGUAUUUUUUUCUUUUCUCUCUGAAAAUAUUACCGAUGAUGAUUUGGUCCGCAUCUCCAUUCCUCCCCCCCAGUUAUUUCACGUCCUGUGAGAAUGUAUAUAUCCUGUUGUGAUCUUCACUCUUUUAUUGUGAAUGGGUAUUAGCUUCUGGCUGUUUAGGGGCUUUUGAUUGCAACCUAUGGUGGAAUGGGUUUAAUUUUUCCACAAAUUCAUUUCGAAAAUUAUGGAUCAUCAUCUGUUGUAGUUUUGAAAACAUCAGUUCACACACUGAAAGUUAUAUCUGGCCGCUAAAUGUUUACCUUGAACUGCAUCAGUUUUACAUCUUUGAUGAUUGCACUCUUAUUUUUCUUAUUAACCGAGACACUGCGGGAAUGCGAACCAAUUUGAAAUUAAGUAUCGCAAUCACUUAUUUUGGCCCAUGUUCUGGUUACUGAGGCAGUUCGAGUUCACAUAAAUAAUUAGUGGGUUAAUCAUUUCACCAAUCGUAUUUCCGGGUUUUUUUUCUGAAUUGUAUAGGGUGUCAUUGUCCCUUGUAUUGCAAGCGAGAGCCCCCAUUACUUCCGCUGUGCUUUUUUUUAAUUUCUGGUUUUUCUCAUUUUAAUUCAUUUGGGCCAUACCAGGAAAUUUCGCUUUCUGGAGGGAGAUUCCAGAACUGUCUCAGGGAGAUUAGACAACGGGCGAGGGAUGUUGAAAAUAAAGAAAAGGGUAUUCACAUCAGGAAGGAGGACUGGGAGAAACUGCAUGUUCACAUCGCGUCCUAUAAUAAUUUCCCUACAGCUGCAGGACUGGCUUCUUCAGCUGCUGGUUUUGCUUGUCUCGGUACAUUUCCUAAGUGGCCUUCUACUGUGCUCUGUCCUGUGCACCUCUCUCUCUCUCUCUCUCUCUCUUGCUCGCUCGCUAUAUAUGUCUAUUUUCCAUGUGGAUUUUCCUGAUGACAUUAUGAUAAUUUUCUGUUAUACUUACGGUGAAGAAGAUGUCUUUUUUGUUGUUAAUCCUGAUCUUACUAUUCCAUAACGUAAAAAAAAUGCAUUUAACUUUUUCCGAGCCUAAAGCGUCUUGUAUUUUAUUAUUGAAUUGGUGAGGAUGGAUUGCCCAUGCUCUGUUCGGUGCCAGCAAGCAUUAUCUUGACAUCUUGAUAUUUGGUCCCCAUUUUGGGGGACAACAAAUUUGAUUGCCUAACCUCUGCUAGUCCAUUACUUUUCUUUUGAACCAUGGUUUACUUUGAGGAAUACAUUUUCCUGGGCUAAUAUUUUGAGGGGAAUACCUGUGAGGAGAGAUGUUCGUAUCCUGAAGGUGGAUUAAUUUUGUGUUUAUCUAUUAGAUCUACUGUUUUUAUACUUUGGAAAUACUGAAUCAGAAUUCAGGAUUUAAGCGAAAAAGCUACUGUAACGGAUUAAGAUAAUUUUAUAAGUUCUUAAAUUAUUGAAUGUAGUUUAUGAUGGAUGAAAAACUAUGUUGGCACAAGAAUUGAAAAUUCAGUAUGAGGGUCUCGUAUGAUAUAAGACUAGGUUCCCUCAACAAGAUAAUGGUGCAGGUUGGGUUUUCAAUUUCUGCCAACUCUGCAAAUAUAAUUUCUCACAUUCAUGUUCCAGUGCAGCCUUUCCAGUCAUUUGUGCUGUGAGUACAUUUGAUUUUGACACAAAAGUAUUUGGACAUGCAUUCUGUGUCAAUGUUGUUUGUCAUUUACGAGUUGAACGUGUGAAACCUCAUUAAUUAGUCAAAUAUUUAAUAUAUUUAAACCUUGCCUUCUCUACCAUUUGUUGUCUGUGAUGAUACAUUCUGCAGUUCAUCAAUCUAUUUCCUUCAUUGGGUUCUAUACCAGAAAUAUCUUUCUUCCUGAAGUAUGUCGAUUCAUCUUCUUUGUUAUCGACCACUAUUCCCUUUACCAUUUCUAUUUUUUAUCUUCUGCAGUUUUUACCCUGGCGAAGCUCAUGAAUGUGAGUGAAGAUGGUGCAGCUCUAUCAUCGAUUGCAAGGUUGGACCCAAAAACCACAUUUGUCACAUUGUAUUAGCGUCGUUGUUGUCUAUUAAACAGCAUAUUUAAUAUUAUUAGAAAUGCAAGACAGCCAAUCAGAAAUGUCAUGAAAUCUCGCAAUCUUUGAGGAUACCCUGAGCGUUGAGGAAUAUGUACGAGUGUGUAUGUGCGGCUCGUUUAGAUCAUGAGCUUGAACAAAUGAGACAACUAUUCCAGCAUAAAUGACCAGUGCCAGUGAAUAGAUAAAAUACAAAGAAAUAGAAGAAUGCUGUUUAUGAUCUAAAAAAAGGAUUUAUCAUAAACUUCUAUUAAUUGUGUAUGGAUUUUAUGGUUUCUGUCGUUUCAAAUAUAAAUACCCAAUUUGAGAUGAUUAUUCUUAAAGAUUAUAUUCACCCCUGAAUUCAUAUCAUUUGCAUGGAAAUAUGGAAGAUGUUGAUGUUUCAUGUUGAUUUGUGUUGACAGAGCUAAUUCUAAACUUUUGUAACAUUCUUAAAUUUGUAUACUACCCUUGCUAUCGUCUGUUCUCAUCUCUCUCUCUCUCUCUCUCUCUCUCUCUCUCUCUCUCGCAAUAUGGAUGUAUGAUGCAUGAUGAGAAAUUCUUUACAUCACAGACAAGGAUCAGGCAGUGCAUGUCGCAGCCUGUACGGUGGAUUUGUCAAAUGGGUCAAGGGGGAGGUAAGUUCAAUCACUGGGUCUUUUGUUCCCUAAGCUCUUGUACACGGUCACAUCUUUAUGCUUGAACUAAGCAACGCGUGUGACUGGCCAUUUGCUUACAGAAUUAUCCUCUCUUUUUCAUAGGCUGCUAAUGGCAGUGACAGCAUUGCGGUUCAGCUAGUUGAUGAAUCAUAUUGGAAUGAUCUUGUCGUAAUUAUAGCAGUGGUAUGUGAUAAUCCCUAGUUUUACUCAUAGUCUAUUGUGCCUUUUAAGUAAACUUUCAUUAAAAUUCCUUUGUGAUGUAGGUGAGCUCCCGACAGAAGGAAACUAGUAGUACUUCAGGUAUGCGUGAUAGUGUUGUGACAAGCACUCUUUUACAGCACAGGGCCGAGGUAGAGUCCGGAAAUCAAUCGCCGCCCAUAUUUGUGUUUUCGUCUAUGCACUCUCUAGUCAUGCCCUCUCGGGGCAAGAUACAUUGCAAUCAACCUGUUGUUACCUAUUCCUUUUUGGUUUUUCAGGUGAUUGUUCCAAGUCGCAUACUGCAAAUGGAGGAAGCAAUCAAGAAUCGCAACUUUGGGUCCUUCGCCAGGUUAACAUGUGCCGACAGUAACCAGUUUCACGCAGUCUGUCUGGAUACGACCCCUCCCAUAUUUUACAUGAACGACACAUCCCACAGGUACGGCGACUCAAGAAAUUUUACUAUUUAUUAGCGCAGGUGUUUCUCUAUUCAGCACGUAUGGUAUUGCUAUUUUUUGUAAAAAUUUACAAGGUUAUCGGUACAUUUCACUAUGCAGCUUUAGAUAUUUUAUUUUCUGUGACGUCCAUUUCAUAUGCAUCUGUUCCAUUUAUAGUUUGUAAUCCAUCUUCAAUGAAUAAUUUUCAGGGUAAUCAACACUGUGGAGCGUUGGAGCCAGUUUGAAGGAGCGCCGCAGGUUUCAGAUUUUCUUAUAUGUUAUAAAUUGCAGUGAAAGAUAAUAGAUUGAUGGUUUUUGUCUGUAGACCAAGUGACAACGGAUCUCACACAUACACACAUGCUGCAAAUCAGUAUUUUCCAUGAUAAGUCAACGACGACUACAAUCCAUGAGAUACCAGCCAGAUAGAUACCCAGUCAAAAAAGGGAGAAAUCUGAAAUAUCUAUCUGGGAUUUCAACUUUCAGAAUCACAAAAACCGUAGGUUGAUUUUUCGCACUUUCUCCAUUAAAAGAAAAUUGUGGAAGACUAGCAGCCUUAGAGCAUCCUGCCUCUCUUUCUCCUCUCUCUCUCUCCCCCUCUCUUUCCCUCUCUCUCACAUAUGAGAUGCCAGGGCUCAAGAGGACAUUGUUUGGCUAGGCCAUUAGAUGUUGACCUGAUCAUUUUUCCGAGUAUGUUGAGUUCAACAAGUGGAUUUACUGGGAUAUGAACGCAGCCAUCUAUGAGGUUUUCUAGGCGCCUUUCUCCUUGCCCUGUACUCUCUUGCUGUUCCCCACAUUAUCUUGCUUUCACAACGUCACAGAGUUUUAUCAAUCAAUUAUUAUUGAGUCAGGCAUACUUUGCUCUCAUUGCCUAAUACCUUUCUCGGGAUAAAUCUCAUAAUCUGAAUCAGCUCGUUUUGGCCACAAACUAACCGUGUUAUAUUUAUUACACUAACAUAAAUCAUUGCAAAAUUAUCAGGUGGCCUACACUUUUGACGCGGGGCCAAAUGCUGUUCUAAUCGCCCCUAGCCGGGAAGUUGCCUCCUUGCUUCUCCAAAGGCUUCUCUUCUUCUUUCCUCCACCCCCAGACACUAAGCUAGAAGGGUGGGGAUUGCAUUCGACUCCAUUCUUCUUUUGUGAGUAGAAAAGCUUCAGACAUUAACAUUCUACUUUUGCUGUUUUCCUCAGCUACAUGGUUGGGGAUACAUCGAUUCUUCAAGAAGCCGGAGUGCAUUCAGCUGAAGAUGUGGCGAGCUUGCCGCCGCCACCAGAAACCAAAGACAAGAACAAUGCCCAGAAAUACCCCGGUAGUAUCAGCUAUUUCAUCUGCACCAGACCUGGGAAAGGGCCGAUCCUGCUCUCCGAAGACCAAUCUCUGAUCCACCCAGUAACCGGGAUGCCCAAGUGA